UGGGACAGUGUACAACAUCAACAACUUCAACAACAAAAAGAGCGCGACUUUCAUAAAACCCGGUUGAGCCCCUUUCCCAGCAUCAGUCGUCCUCUGAGCCUCCCAGGAGCUUCACGCCUUCCUUCAGUCCGAGCUCGCCGUCUUUGACCGCCACCAAAAUCACCAUGCACUCCGUGACCGUGGCCCUGCUGCUGUGCGCCGUCUGCGCCGCCACCGCGUCGCCGUUCCAGCCCCAGGGGGGGCCCGGCGCGCGCGGCAGCCCCGCGCCCGCGCCCCGCGACAACCAGCGGCACGGCGGCAUCGGCGGCGGCAUCCAGCGCGACAAGGGCGUCGGCACCUCGGUGCACGUCAACGGGCACGCCGACGUCUGGCGCUCCAGGGACGGCAGCGCCAGGGUCCACGCCGAGGGCAACUACGGCCAGGUGGUGCACGGGCCCGCCAAGGGCAUGAAGGACUACAACGGCAUGGUCACCUUUGAGAAGAAGUUCUAGACUCGGUUCUCAUCCUCACGUUUCAUUCUUUCAAAAGAAGUGACUUGGUUCCCGUCCCCACGUUGCACCCUUCGAGAAGAAGUUUUAGACUCGGUUCCUCAUCGAGGGGGCAACCACAUUGGAUGUUUGGGGACACAGGAUUUCAUAAGGCUAAAGGUUUCGUCAGAUUUCUCAAGAUUUUAACCGAUAUUGCACCCGAAAUUAGCUUGGUUGUGGCCUCUCUUGGGGCAAGAUUUUACAUUUCCCAGAGAUUUUUAGAGUAGUUGCCCCCUCGGUUCCCAUCCCCACGUUGCAUCCUUCCUAAAGAAGUGACUCGAUUCCCUUCCCGACGUAGCACCCUUUGAGAAGAAGUUUUAGACUUGAUUCCCAUCGCCACGUUGCAUCCUUCAACAAAAAGUGACCUCAUUCCCGCGUUUCAACCUUUGGCGACCGAAAUCCUCUUCCUCUUGGCAUCCCUGAAUGUAUAUUCAUUUCUUCUUGUGGCCGCCUUGUUUGAAGAAUACUCAUUCGUAUGCCUACUGUGGAAAAACACAGGCAUAGGAGCAGGGCAUCAGUCUUAUUACUCCUUUUGAGCGUGCCGUUAGAAGGGCAUCAAAAUUUUGACCUGAAGUCUCGCCCCUAUCCCUAUCUUCCAAGGGUAUAACCGAUUUACGCUCUGUAGGGAUAAUAUUAAACCUUUGCCCUUUGUCUCACCCGUGACUCGGGUCUAGCCAUUCUUCAUUGGUGUAGUGCAUUGAUGAAUCUUUAAUUUAACUACAAUAUUCUAUGAACUGGAUGUGGAAUUGUGUGGCUGAAACGUAACAUGAAAGUCACACUCUCCUCUGUAACGCUUGUGAUGUAAAGUAUUGUAAUUGUAAAACAAUGAAUAAAUGGAAAUUAAAUCCCAAA